AAUUUUGAAUCCCGACAAGAUCAUGAAGCUUUAUUUAAACACCAUUCACAGUAUUUUUGUAUGUGAAGGGGACAGAGAGGUAGAGAGAGAUUGUAUCUACCAUCAGUAUGGUCGUUCCACAUGCUUUAGUAGUUCCUUAUCCUGCACAAGGGCAUGUUGACCCUCUCAUGGAGCUCUCUCACCGCCUAGCGAAGCUUGGGAUUCUUGUUACGUUUGUCCACACCGAGUUCAGUCAUGCCCAUGUCAUGGCAGCACUGCCGGAGAACUGCUUCGGCGAGUAUAAUGGAGGAAUCCGGUUGGUGACCAUCCCCGACGGUGCGGCCAACGAUGAGGAACGCAGAGAUCGCAGCCGGUUUUUUGUCGUCAUAAAGCGGUCAAUGCCCAGUUUCUUAGAGGAGCUCAUAGUGAAGAUCAACGAGAGGGAGGAGAACAAGAUUACAUAUGUCAUCGUUGAUGGAUUUAUUGGUUUUCUGCUCAAUGUUGCGGAGAAGCUGAAAAUUCCCAGAGCUGCAUUCUUCCCAGCAUCGACCUGGCAGUUAGCUAUCCUCCUCAACAUUGGCAAGCUACUCGACAGUGGAUUCAUAAAUCACAACGGUUCUGUACAGAAUUAUGACAAGGCAGCCGAUAUAUUGGAGGAUGUCCACCCCAUCAGGCCAAAACACCCUUGUUGGGUGAACUAUAAAGAUGUCAAAUGGCAGGUGAUCUGUUUCAAGUAUCUCUGCAACAAUUUUGAAGCUGUGAAGCAUGUAGAUCACAUACUCUGCAACUCAUUUUCAGAACUUGAGUUGCCCGUUUUCAGACACCUAAAUGGUGCAGUUCCAAUAGGACCCCUUCUCUCAGCCAACAGGAGUACUCUUCCCCAACCAUCAUCCUUUUGGGCUGAGGACUUGAGCUGCAUUGACUGGCUAGAUCAGCAACCCAACUGCUCUGUCAUCUACGUCUCAUUUGGAAGCAUGACAGUGCUCAGGCAGCAACAGAUCAGUGAGCUAGCACUAGGGCUGGAGCUCACCGGCAGACCAUUCCUCUGGGUCUGCAGACCAGAUCUCAUGGAGUUUUCUCCGGCCAUCUACCCAGAUGGGUUCUUGGACCGUGUGUCGAAGCAAGGCCGUGUGGUGAACUGGACACCACAAAAGGAAGUUCUCUCCCAUCCAUCUGUGGCUUGUUUUCUGACUCACUGUGGCUGGAACUCAGCUCUAGAAGGUCUGAGUAAUGGCGUCCCCAUGUUGUGCUGGCCUUACUUCUUUGACCAGUUCCAGAACCAGACCUACAUAGUUGAGCUGUGGAAAGUGGGGUUGGCAUUGGCAGAGGAUUCGCUUGGAAUUGUUAGAAAGGAAGAGAUCAAGGAGAAAAUUGAGGAUUUGAUCAAGAACGACGGGAUAAGGAAGAGAGUUACAGAGUUGAAGGACAAGGUAAGAAAGGCUGUGAUGGAUGGUUCCGGUGUUUCCACCAGGAAUCUUGAAUGUUUCGCCAGCACAAUGAAAGGGGCUAAGGCAAGAUUUACGACAAAUAAUACAGAGAAACUGCAGUAGUGCAGUUACUGCUGCAACCUUGGAAACUUUUUCCCGUUGAUUCUUCGUAACAAUGAAUAAUAUGUCUUUUUGCCUUCUCUACUUGAAUCAGAACUAGCGGAUCAUUUUGAGUUUUUA